GGGAGCUGGGUGCCCGCCCUCUCCCCGCCGCGGGGCGGAGUCGCCGCGCUUGGGGUCCGCUCCCCUCCUCCCAGGCUCCCGCCCCGCCCCCGCCGGGUGGGCUGCGGGGCGCGGCGCCUUGAGGCCGGGCGGCGGGUCCGGCGGCCGUCGGAAGCUGCCCGCCGAGGGGCUGACGAGGGCCGUGGGCGCGGGGUUCCGGCGGCCGCUGAUGGGAGGCGGUCCCCGGGAGAGCAAGCGACGGCGCCGCAGCCACCAUGGGGAACAAGCAGACCAUCUUCACUGAAGAGCAGCUGGACAACUACCAGGACUGCACCUUCUUCAAUAAGAAGGACAUCCUCAAGCUCCACGCGCGCUUCUAUGAGCUGGCCCCCAACCUCGUCCCGAUGGACUACAGGAAGAGCCCCAUCGUCCACGUGCCCAUGAGCCUCAUCAUCCAGAUGCCGGAGCUCCGGGAGAAUCCCUUCAAGGAAAGGAUUGUGGAGGCUUUUUCUGAGGAUGGCGAGGGGAACCUCACCUUCAACGACUUUGUCGACAUGUUUUCUGUGCUCUGUGAGUCGGCUCCCCGCGACCUCAAGGCAAACUACGCCUUCAAGAUCUACGACUUCAACACCGACAACUUCAUCUGCAAGGAGGACCUGGAGAUGACGCUGGCCCGGCUUACCAAGUCGGAGCUGGACGAGGACGAGGUGGUGCUCGUGUGUGACAAGGUCAUUGAGGAGGCCGAUCUGGACGGCGACGGCAAGCUGGGCUUCGCCGACUUCGAGGACAUGAUCGCCAAGGCCCCUGACUUCCUCAGCACUUUCCACAUCCGGAUCUGAGGACAGUGCCGAGAUUGCAGGGGCCAGAAACCGACCAUCCAGCUCUGCUGCCUACACGAGUGUGACCUCCAAGCUCCCCAGGAGAGGAGCUGUGGCCUCUGGGGUUUACACCCACGAACAUUUCCUUGGCCCUUUCAGCAAAAAAUCCUUAACCAGGGAAGGGGGGAUGUGAGGAGCAGGGCCUUUCCCAGUCCCCCUGUGGUCCCUCCACAGGCCUUCCCUCUAUCCCCCCAACAUUCCCCACACCCUGGUCCUCUCCCCAUCAGAAAUGGCCCUACUGUGAGGGGAAGACAGAACCCCUAACAGGGCAGGGGUGCUGACUUGUCCAAGUGCUGGGCAGGCACCCUGGUUGCCCAGGGCAAAGUGAAAAAAAAAAAGGACAAGGUUUAACGAGCUAUGCAAUCUUUCUCCAGAUCCACAGCUGGGCUACACCCAACCCCGCCUGUUCCUUCUCCCCUGACCCUUCCCAAUGUGAAGCUGUGUGAACAGUGGGUCCAAGGGCUCUGUCCCUGUCUCUGUCCAGGACCUGAGCACCACCCCAUCUGCCCUCCCCAAUGACGUGGAAUCCUCACUGGUGUGUGCUGUCCACAGAUGUGUGAACUCCUGGUACAGUAAAACACUUUCAUGUC